CUGAGUUUUCGUGCAUGAAGAGGAUAUCAGCAGGUUUGGAUUUGUGGGUGCUUUUAUUCUGAAAAGACGUGACUCGGAUGUUGUUGCUGUUGUUCCGUUGGAUACCGGUGUGACUUCUAAUAGCAGUUUGUCUGCUGUUACCGGGACAAUAAACAGGAUUCUUAUCCACAGUAACGAUGACAGACUCCUCGCUUCUGAGCACCGAGUUGGAGUUACAGCAACAAGAGGAACUGUAUCAACAGCUGCUCUUACAGACAAUGGGACAGAUGCAGACUGAAAAUCCAGACUCCAAAGUCAUCCGACCACAACCUGGCAUAUGUGUGAAGACUUCCUCAGAACCAGAUAAGCAGAAGGUUUUCAUCAACAUCUGUCAGUCCAACUCCGUCCCGCCUCCGCCAGAGCUCUCCAGAGAGGAGCUUGUGGAGCUGCUCCAAGCAGAAGAUCCCAGCGGCUACAGAGUUCCUAUGAGCCUCGGGGAGCCACACACAGAAGUAGACAACAGCUCUCAGGGCUGCACAGCUUAUGAUGUAGUCAUCAACCAGGAGUUCUUCCAAAGGUGUCAGAAGGAUCCUUUAUUCCAGCAGUUUGUCAUUCUGGUGUCUGUGGAAGGUUUAGAGAAUAAAUACAAUCUGGAGCUAAGCAGAGACUGGAAGGUGCUGAAGAACAGAAAGUUCUUGGGGUCUGUGAGCGAGCAGAACAUCCGUACGAAGAGCAGGCCGGUGAUCCAAGAGCUGCAGCCUCAGGAGAACGCUGCUGCUACGCCCAAAAGACCAGAGUUCACUCUGCUUGUGGAGCCUCCUGCUGGUGAUCCAGAGUACCUCAUUGCAGAAAUAAAGCUUCCUGGAGUGCCGUCGUCCCGCUCUCUGGUUCUGGAUGUUGGAGAGGACCGGUUGGUGCUGACGGCUCGGCCCUCGUUGUUCCACCUCGACGUCUUCCACCCCUUUCUCAUCGACCAGGAGAACAGCGUGGCUCAGUACAACAGCAGCACACAGAUCCUCACAGUCACUUUGCCAGUGGUGUCUUUGUGAAACUACACAAGAAAUGUACAGAUAUUUAUUUUUUCUUCAAAACUGAAGCUGUGAUAAUAAAAUUGUUUUUUAUAGUGUC